AUGAUGCAGCAGAGUAUGAAGGCGAGGAAGAAGAUCGUGGCCAAGUUGAAAACGAUGACGAAGAUAAACAGAAUGAGAUUCAAGAAGAGAACGAGGACAGCGAGAGGGAGGAGGGUGAUGAAGACGAGGAUGCUGAAGCGCAUAGGGAAGCGGCUAUUCAGGAGCGGAAGAAAAGCGCUGACGAACGGAUUAAAUUUGUCAUAUCGCAAUCGAAUCUCAUUGUUGACUACAAGUUUGACGUGA